AUGGCGAGAGAUUUCAAACUCAUCUUCUCCAUUUCUCUCCUGCUUCUGCUUCUGGACUGUUGCUACGGUGGUAAGGUCGGAGUUUGUUACGGAAGAAGCGCCGACGAUCUUCCGACACCGGACAAAGUUGUUCAACUGAUUAAACAGCAUAACAUCAAAUACGUUCGAAUCUAUGAUUACAAUUCUCAAGUCCUCAAAGCAUUUGGAAACACAAGCAUUGAGCUUAUGAUCGGAGUUCCAAACUCCGAUCUCAUUGCUUUCUCUCAGUUCCAAUCAAAUGUAGACUCUUGGCUUAAGAACAGCGUCUUACCUUACUAUCCAACGACCAAGAUCACUUACAUUACCGUUGGAGCUGAAUCUACUGAUGAUCUACACAACAAUGCCUCGUUUUUCGUUGUCCCCGCGAUGCAGAAUGUGUUAACCGGAUUGAAAAAAGUCGGUUUGAGCAGAAGAAUCAAGGUUUCGACGACUCUUUCGCUUGGUAUUCUCUCUAGAUCUUUCCCUCCUUCGGCUGGAGCAUUCAACAGCAGCUACGCAUAUUUCUUGCGGCCAAUGCUUGAGUUCCUAGCCGAGAAUCAGUCUCCUUUCAUGAUCGAUCUUUAUCCUUACUACGCUUACAGAGAUUCCCCGAACAAUGUGUCUUUGGAUUAUGUGUUGUUCGAGUCUUCCUCUGAAGUGAUUGACCCGAACACGGGUUUUCUUUACAAGAACAUGUUUGAUGCUCAAGUUGAUGCGCUCUAUUUCGCCCUCACGGCUUUAAACUUCAGGACGAUCAAGAUUAUGGUUACUGAGACUGGAUGGCCGACCAAAGGCUCACCCAAGGAGAAAGCUGCUGCGUCUCCUGACAAUGCAGAGACAUACAACACGAACAUAAUCCGCCAUACGGUUACCAACCAAGGCACACCUGCUAAACCAGGAGAGGCGAUGAACGUUUACAUAUUUUCUCUGUUCAAUGAGAACAGGAAAGCAGGUUUGGAUUCAGAGAGAAACUGGGGAUUGUUCUACCCUGACCAAACAAGCGUUUAUCAGUUGGACUUCACGGGAAAGAACAGUGGGUUUCAGUCGAAUUCGAGCGGUACAAACUCGAGUGGGAAUAGUAAUAGCUGGUGCAUUGCUUCUUCUAAAGCUUCGGAGAGAGACCUGAAAGGAGCUUUGGAUUGGGCUUGUGGUCCUGGAAAUGUUGAUUGCACGGCUAUUCAACCGAGCCAGCCUUGUUUCCAACCUGAUACUUUGGUUUCUCAUGCUUCUUUCGUGUUCAAUAGCUAUUUCCAGCAAAACAGAGCCACAGACGUCGCUUGUAGCUUUGGAGGAGCUGGUGUUAAGGUCAACAAGGACCCUAGUUAUGACAAAUGCAUAUACAUAACCGCAGGCGGGAACAAAACUAAGGCGACGAAUGCGACUUCACUAAACUCCUCUGCUUCAACUUCGCAGGGAAACAAACUGUCUACAUGGACUUUGAGGCUCUGUCUCGUGAUCUUGUUGUUCAGUUUGCAAACUCUGAAUUCACAGGCAUUUUAA